AUGGCGGACCAAGAGGCGACAGCCAAGCGAGCCGCGGGAUUGACGAAGCUCUUCAACGCCGUCAUUCACGGCAAUCGCGACAUCAAGACGGUGGGCGAUGGCAAUCGGUUUCUGGAGGCAUUCUAUUCUCAAGAGGACGCCUCGAAGUGUGUGGAGCGCCUGAUUGCGUCUCCGGCAGGGUUAGCGGCGGUCUCUGUCGCAUUUAGGUUGACACGUGAGAGCACGUUUCUCAACGGCUUGGCUACAUCCGUCAUCCUCCGACUCGCCGAGCCAUCGGUCAAGCAACUCUACAGUGGCCAGUUUCUGCAACGCGUCCUUGAACAAAUUGUACAACCACCUACAUUUUGGAACACACUCGUUGAGGCACACAUUGCUCAUGUGCUUUCCAGCGAUGCCACGCGUGCAUUCGCGUGGCUCUUACUGGAGCUGCUAUACAGCCGCUCGGAGGACAUCCCAGACGUGCGCGACAUUGCAGAGCGUGUCACUAACAAUGGAUCGUUCAUCAACUCGAACUCCCUAGAUGUCCGCAAUAUCGGUCAGAAGAUCAAACACGUCCUAGACAGCACGUCUGAUGAAUCCGCCGAUGGCCCGGGCGGGCGACACGACAACGACUUUACUCAGAUCCAUAAGAUCAAGCUCCUACCAACGCCAGACGAGUUCGCAUGCUCCGAAAAUCCGUUCUACAGACGCGCAGAUUCUGUCGCGUCUGCCCCAUUGGAGAGUCGUGGGCUGACUCAUAUUGACAACCAGUUUCGCCUGCUUCGUGAAGAUCUCUUGGGCGAACUGCGCAACGAUUUCCAGAUCGCUAGUGGCCAGAAGAAAGGACGACGGAAGACAAUCCUCGAGCACCUGAAGUAUGCUGGUAUCGACUGCGGACCGGAAACGAAACGCAAGCCUUGCUCGCUAAAACUCUCCUGCCCAGACGACAUUCCACAGCUACGCAAUGUCAAGGGCGCUGCUCGCAAGAAGUACCUCGCCGACAACAGAAACGUCCUGAAACACCAGUCACUCGGCUGCCUCAUUAGCAAUGACAAUAUUGUCGCAUUUGCAACUGUAGACCGUGACGAAGACCUUCUUGCUCAGCAACCUGCUAUCGUCGUGCUGCGUAUAGCCGACGCUAGUUCGUUUGGCAAAGUGCUAAUGGCAUGUAAGCUCGCAGCGGACCUCAGCUUUGUGCAAGUGGAUACCGCGGUUUUUGCGUAUGAACCUAUUCUCAAACGUCUCCAGUCCUUGACUGAGCUGCCACUGGAGGAUCAGCUCCUCAGCCUCACUACAAAUUCCGCUGAAACAGUCUCUGGUAUCCAACCGACCAAGACCAUCAACGCCAUCUGUGACCAUUGGGAAGAAGACCUUCAAGACAUCAUUGGAAGUAGUCACUCCAUCAAACUGGAUCAAGCCCAGGUAGCUUCUCUGUUGACUGGUCUACUAAAGAAGGUUAGCCUUAUUCAAGGCCCACCAGGAACUGGUAAAAGUUUCAUCGGCGCACUCAUCGCAAAGAUAUUACACGAUCAGACGAAGGAGAAAAUGCUCAUACUCACAUACACGAAUCAUGCUCUGGACCAAUUUUUAGAAGACAUCCAAAAGGCUGGCAUCCCGGCUAGUUCGAUCGUGCGACUAGGAUCGAAAUCGAAUGCCAAUACUCGUGCACUCAGCAUCAGAGAACAACCGAACAACUACAAAAUGACUGCGCAAACAUGGACUUCAAUUCAAGACCAAAAGGUGGAAGCUGAGUCUUAUCAUGACGCGCUAGCCACAAGGAUGGCAUCCUUUGAUUCUACGCGGCUCAGUGAACGACUGCUUCUCGAUUUCUUGGAGUUCUCUGAUGAUUCAGAAUACUUCGAUGCAUUCGUCGUGCCUGAAAACCAAGAUGGCAUGACGAUGAUGGGGAAAAACAAUAGGCGCAUCGAUGAGUACUAUCUAGUCAAGAGAUGGCUUAAAGGUGAAGACGCGGGCGUCUUUUCGAGCCACGCGAUGCAUACCUAUCCCCACGUUUGGAAUGUCCCGCCACAGAUCCGGUGUGAUCUCCAGGCGCAGUGGAAUAAGACCAUCCUUGAAGAACGAGUCGCUGAAAUCAGUGUGCUUGCCGAUAAGUACAACAAGUGUCGUGCCCAGAUCGAUCGAUUGUUUCGCGAGAAGAACUUCCACGUCCUUGGUCAGAAACGAAUCAUAGGGUGCACUACGACGGCAGCUGCCAUGUACAACGACGAUAUUCGUAAGGCAUCACCUGGCAUAGUUCUGGUGGAAGAAGCUGGAGAGAUUUUGGAAAGCCAUAUACUUACAGCUUUAACUCCGACCACGAAGCAACUCGUGCUGAUCGGUGAUCACAAGCAGCUACGGCCUAAAGUCAACAACUAUGCCUUGACUGUAGGGAAAGGAGAUGGGUACGAUCUCGAUGUUUCCCUGUUCGAACGUCUGGUGCUUAGUGGAGUCCCACAUACCACCCUUCGCAAGCAGCAUCGUAUGCGCCCCGAGAUCUCAUCUCUCGUCAGAUCACUCACUUAUCCGGAGUUGAAAGAUGCUGAGAAGACUCAGGGUCGACCGGAUCUACGCGGCUUCCAGAGCAACGUCAUCUUCGUGUCACAUUCACGUCCUGAGCUCAACGCAAUCAAGAUUGCUGACCGCCGUGAUGGCGGCGCGAACUCCAGUAAGGAGAACAUGUAUGAAGCUGACAUGGUGCUGAAGUGUGUGCGAUAUCUUGGUCAGCAGGGCUAUGGAACGGAAGACAUCGUGGUACUGACACCUUACCUGGGCCAGCUAUACCUGCUAGUGAACACAUUGGCAAAGGAGAACGAUCCCAUUCUGAACGACUUGGAUUCUCAUGAGUUGAUUCAAGCGGGUCUGGUCACACCAGCUAGUGCAAACAUAUCCAAGCGCAAGCUUCGUAUAUCAACUAUCGACAACUACCAAGGUGAAGAGAGCGAUAUCGUCAUCGCAUGUCUCACACGAAGUAACGAAACCGGGGACAUAGGGUUCAUGUCUUCUCCUCAGCGUGUCAAUGUGUUACUUUCACGAGCACGGAAUGCUUUGAUCAUGAUAGGUAAUGCAAACACUUUCAUGAAUAGUCACAAAGGCAAGGAAAUAUGGGUACCGCUCAUGGAUCAGUUGAAGCGAGAUGGCCACGUUUACGACGGUUUCCCUAUCAAAUGCGAGCAACAUCCAGAAAAGACUGCUCUGUUAACCGAGAAAGAGCACUUUGACACGGUAUGCCCAGAUGGCGGUUGCUCUGAACCAUGUGGCAAGAUACUCAACUGCGGCCUUCAUGCUUGCCCCCACCGAUGCCAUCAGUUACAGGAUCACUCGCGUAUGGAUUGCAAAGUCAUCAUCUCUUCGACUUGUCCCAGCAAUCAUAAGACUUCAAGAAGGUGUCAUGUGAAAGCCGCGGUACAUUGUCACAAGUGUGAAGCUGAAGUGAGAGCGCAAGAGAAGAAGCGUCAACGAGAACACGAGCUAAACGAAAAGCGAGAGGCAAAGCAACGCGCGUAUAAGGCACGAUUAGUUGAGAUCGACGAAGAGAUCCAGCACCACAAGCGUGUGCUGAAAGAGCAGGCAGAGGACAGAGACCGCCAGCAAGCGCUCGAACAGAAAAAGCAAGACCUUCGCAAUCUGCAGGAGAAGAUCAAAAGUACCAGAAAGCAACCACUUUCAACGUCUCCAGCAUCCGAAACAACAGCGUCGCCGUCGACCGGCGAUUCAGGGCUACGGAGGGAUUCUGCAUCGCACAACGCGGCUUCUCCUCACCGCGACGAGACUGCAGCUAACGCCAUACCUACAUCGCCAGAUCAAGACCAGGAGCAACCCAGUUGGGACAAGAACGAAGCCAGGGAUGAUUGGGAGUGGGAAAAGAAAUAUGAGGGUGCCGAAAAUAAAGCUCUAGAUUCCCUGGUACACAUGAUAGGACUUGAGUCCGUCAAGCAACAAUUCCUCGCGAUUAAGGCCAAAGUGGAUACGGUGGUGCGCCAAGGGGUAUCGCUUAAUGCAGAGCGCUUUGGUGCUGCCCUCCUGGGAAACCCUGGAACAGGAAAAACAACAGUGGCUAGGUACUACUCGAGGUUCCUGUCCGAAGUAGGAGCUCUGCCGGGUGAUCAUUUCAUUGAGAGCUCCGGAUCAGCUCUCGCAAAUGACGGCGUGUCCGCUUGCAAAGCCUCGAUCGAUAAGAUCCUCGAAGAAGGUGGCGGCGUGUUCUUUAUUGACGAAGCAUAUCAAUUGGUAUCUGGGAACAGCCCUGGUGGUAAAGCAGUAUUAGACUACCUGCUUGCAGAGAUUGAGAACUUAACCGGCAAAGUUGUCUUUGUACUGGCGGGCUAUCACAAGCAGAUGGAAGCCUUCUUCGCUCACAAUCCAGGCAUCCCAAGCCGUAUACCAAUACGAAUGGAGUUCCAAGACUACGAAGACCGCGAGUUGCAACAAAUAUUCUGCCAGUACAUCGACAAAAAGUAUCGCGGGCGCAUGAAGACUGAAGGCGGUAUGAACGGACUCUACGUGCGUAUCACUGCUAGGCGCAUCGGCCGGGGCCGGGGACGUGAUGGCUUCGGUAACGCCCGUGAAGUCCAGAACAAGAUCGCACAGAUCACCGAGCGUCAGGCAAGGCGAUUGCGGAAAGAGAGACGAGCUGGCAAGAUGCCGAAUGACCAUUUUCUCACCAAGGAGGAUUUGAUUGGACCAGAACCUUCGUCAGUGCUCAAGAAUAACGCUACCUGGACGAAGCUGCAGAAGCUUACCGGCUUGUCAUCAGUCAAGGAGUCUGUACAAGUUCUUCUUGACGGGAUACAGACGAACUACCAGCUCGAAACGCAAGAGAAGCCUAUUAUCCAGUACUCGCUUAAUCGCUGCUUCAUCGGCUCUCCGGGCACAGGCAAGACUACUGUAGCAAAGCUUUAUGGGCGCAUUCUGGCCGAUAUUGGGCUUCUUUCUAACGGAGAAGUCGUCGUGAAAAGCCCAGCAGACUUUGUUGGUAGUGUUCUAGGAGGCUCCGAAGCUAACACCAAAGCCAUCUUGGCGUCCACUAUCGGCAAAGUUCUCAUUGUUGAUGAGGCUUACAUGUUGGCUAGUGGUGCUGCUGGUGAUCCCUACAAAGCUGCAGUUAUUGACACCAUCGUUGCGGAAGUCCAGAGCACUGCAGGUGAAGACCGAUGCGUACUCUUGUUAGGAUACAAGGACCAAAUGGAAGAGAUGUUUCGGGACGUCAAUCCUGGCCUUGCGAGACGGUUUCCACUAGAGUCUGCGUUCGUCUUUGAAGAUUUUAACGACACUGAGAUUCGUCAAAUUUUUGACUUCAAGCUCAAGGGUAUCGGUUUUGAUGCUACGGAUCAAGCUAAGAAGGUCGCCAUGGAAGUCGUACAACGUGCGCGCAACCGCCCAAACUUCGGCAACGCAGGCGAAGUCGACAUUAUCCUGGAUCGUGCAAAGGCUUUACACCAGAAACACAAGUCUUCUGGGAAAGUAAAGCAAUUUGGCACGUUUGAAGCUAUUGACUUUGACCCAAAUUUUGACCGUGGUGAACGUGCAGCCACUGAGAUUUCUGCUCUCUUCCAAGACGUGGUAGGAUGUGAAGAACUUAUCAAACAGUUCCAGGGUUACCAAAACACAGCUGCAACCCUGAAAGCUCUCGGGAUGGAUGCUCGAGAACAGCUACCUUUCAGCUUUCUUUUCAAGGGACCGCCGGGGACUGGCAAGACUACCACGGCUGCAAAGAUGGGCAAGGUCUUCUACGAUAUGGGCUUUCUCAGCCAGGCCAGCGUGGAAGAAUGUUCCGCUACUGAUCUAAUCGGACAGUAUGUGGGCCAGACUGGGCCAAAGGUGCAGAAGCUCAUGGAGAAGGCUAUGGGUAAAGUUCUUUUCAUCGAUGAGGCCUAUCGCCUCGCAGAAGGUGGAUUCGCUACUGAGGCGAUGGAUGAGCUGGUUGACUGCCUCACCAAACCAAAGUUUGCGCAAAGACUCGUGGUCAUUCUAGCAGGCUACGACAAGGACAUCGAUCGAUUGAUGAGUAUGAAUCCUGGCCUGACCAGUCGCUUCCCCGAAACGGUUCUUUUCAAGCAUCUCGACCCGGAGACAUGCUUUAAGCUUCUUGUCAAAGAUCUACAGAAAAGGAAGAAGAAGGCGCCACUUGAUCUGUCGGUCCUCGAUCCGCCAACAUCAGAACUAUGGCAAAAACUGCUGCAGCUCUUUCGCAAACUAUCGGUACUCGAAUCGUGGGGCAACGCUCGCGACGUGAAAUCGCUCGCGAAGAGCAUGUUUCAGGCACUCAUCUCUACGGCUGUACGUCCGAUCACUAAUUUCAUACUCACACAAACGAUCGUCAUCAGCACUAUGGAAAAGAUGCUGGAUGAACGUUCCCGACGAAAUACCGCUGUUGGUACAAACCGGUUCGAAAAGUCCAUACCUCUACGACCAAUGCCGCAGCUACAGAUGCAGAAUUCGGCAUCGCCGAUGGCGCGAAGUUUAGAUAUCGACACGGAUACUGCCCCGCCACCGACUGUGGUUGACACGGACAAGCAAGAAGAAGAGCCAAAGUCGAUCGAGAAGAAAUCCAAGCUUGCAGUAGAGCCCGAAGACCCCUUCGACUCAGUCUUCAAAGCCAAGCGCGACCCAGGCGUGUCCGACGAAGUAUGGGAACAACUAGAACGCGACAAACAUGCCAUGGUCACUAAAGAGCGCGAGUUUCGUCAUAUGCAAGAAGAGAAGCGAGAGUACGAAGAGCGUAUCAAGGAUUUCAUCCGUGCGGAGAACGCAGCCGCCGAUGAAGAAGAACGGCGUAUCCGAGAGCAAGCGCGCAUUGCAGCUGAGCUGGAGAGGCGACGUCGCGACGAGGAGUUGGCAACUAGAGAGAGAGAGCGACAAAAGGAGAUGGAGAGGCAGAAGAAGCUGAAGGUAUUGGGUCGAUGCCCAAUGGGUUACAUGUGGAUCAAGCAGGCUAGUGGAUACAGGUGUGCGGGUGGAAGCCAUACGCUUUCCGAUAGUUAUGUCGAUUCGGCAUCUUUCUAA